AUGGAGGAAAUAUACCAGAAACUUAGCGUGGUGAAUCUCUGGCAAGGCUUUGGAAACACGGACGAAGCAUCAUUUGAGGUCAUCGAGGCAUGGCUUCAUCACAGCUCUGGGCACAUCCACAUGAGCCGCAAGCCUGUCUCGGUCAAAGAGCUGGACAACUGGCUAACCGAUGAAACCGAUGGUGAUGGCGACACGAAAAAGUCUCUCGUUUUGCGAAUAGCCCUGAUAGGCUGCGACAUCAAACACAGAAUACUGAAGCUCUCCAGCGAAGCGAUGAAAGCCCUGCUCAAGGCCUUCAACCUCGAGCUGGCCUAUAAAUACUCGCAGAGCUGCAUCACCAAUGUAGCCGCCAUUCCGCCGCAGUCAAGCGAGCACCAGGCGUAUUCCUUCUGCUACAUGCCAAAACUUGCGGCAAUGUGGGAACAUCGCCGCUUCCACGCUGAGAGCCCAACCGAUCGGUCAUAUCUAACGCAAGGCGUGAUAUUUCUCGAUGAAUCCAACAUGCUGUUCCUCUCCGAAGUCUUCCGCACACCCUGGAGCCCGCUUCUAUACGAAAGCCCAAUGUUCCCCGCCUUUCUCCUCAGCCUCAUCCUCAGCACGCAGAUUCAUCAAGGGGAGGAGAAGGUCAAGCUCAAGAUACGUGCGAGCGAAAGGUGUGCCUCGCUUCAGAUGCCUCACCAGGGAUACGACAAAGGCGUCAUGAGCUUGUUCAUCAGCCUGGCUUCCGAAGCAGAUAGAUGUGCUGUGAAGCUGAGCAGCUUGAGCAGAAAAAGCAAAAUGGUGGAAAAAGCCUUGAAAUUCAUAUUGAAGAAUAUAUCGGAACAAGAUGGCUAUGCAGCCUCGCCCAAAUCUGUGUCGGCCGAAGCCUGUCAGUUGUUGAAGAGUCAUGCGCUGCUUUUGCAGGACAGGUUGGAAAUGCAACUUGUGGAUAUAGAAUACACCUUGAAGCGCGUCCAGCUUCAGAUUAGCAUUCUCGCCGGCAUCAUCUCUAGAAGCGACUUUCAAGCGACUCUGAUGUUGGCAGAGUCGCAGCAUCGCGAUUCACUCUCAAUGAAGACGCUUGCCAUUGUCACCAUGUUUUUUCUCCCGGGAAGCUUUGUUUCCGCCUUAUUCUCAUCAUCAAUGUUCGACUGGGACAGCGUCAAUUCCUCAUCAGGUAGUAUCGGGGUGCGGCCGCUGCCUCAGUUUGGGCUGUACUGGGUCAUUACCAUCCCGCUCACCAUCAUCACCUUCAUGCUCUUCUUCUUGUGGCUCUGGCUUCAUAGCUGUUCAUUCGCUCGAUCGGUUGGGCCAUCCAGCGUCGGCCUUAUGGCUGCUUAUGCCUCCACGAGCGGCAUUGUGCCCGCGCAGUUGGGCUUCCUCGCCCUGUUCAAUCCUUCGCUGGGCCAGACGGAUGAAACGAUUGAUGAUCAGAUCGUUUACUACGCCUCUGUCUCUACGCAAAGCUCCAGCCGCCGACGGAGGCGCGCGCGCGCAAGGCCGACCGAUGGCAUCUCUCAAGAGGAGCGCCACGAGCGGCUGCGGCAGAUUGGCCUUGCCCAAGGCAUGGUCAAUUUUGGCCGCGGCUUCUCUGAUGGAGCUGCGGUAGACACUAUUGACACAGAGAAGUCGAGGGUCAUUGCGCAUGAGCUGGAGCCGGGAUGGUGGAUUCUUGCCAGCAUCGACCUGAAUAAAGUGCCCCUUCCUCCAAGACUACCUAUGAAGACUGGAGAGCAACAGGAGGAGAGGUAUGAGUAUUCGAGUCGAGAGAUUAAGCCGGCGGCGUUGUUGCUGAGGGACCUGUUGCGUGCGCACAGUAUCUUUCUCUUGCAUCAUGGAUCAUCACUAAGCGCCUUGUUUGUUCGAAAUCGCCGAGGCAAGUUCAUCGCGCUGCUCAGCCGCUACUGGGACCUGUUUCUAUCCACCUGGAACGUUAUGCUGCACGGAAACCCUGCAAGGGACAUCUUUGGCGGCAUCAACGUUGCUGCGUCUGGCGAGCUUGGGGUAGGAGUCGGUGAGGAAGACAGAGGAAGCGGCGAAAGAGAGGUGCUCGAAGGCUUGGUUACCAGAGUGGAGGGUCUUGUUGACCUUGUCGUCUCGAGGUUCGGGCCUGACGAUGUCGAACCGGAACCUGGCAAGUCGAAUAAGACCGAGGCAGAGCCAUGGCUUGGUAGCGGCAAAGAGCCCAGAGCUGAAGACGGUGUCAUAUUUCUCGGGACGGGGGCGUUAUCGCGAAAGUCUCUACGAGACGUGGCAAGCUGGAUGGAAGACCUUUAUACCUGGGGGGAGCAUGCAUAUGGUAUCAUUGAAAGCCCAACCUCAACACGGCGUGCUCGAGGCAAGAAGUCGUCUUCCAAGGCGGCCGCUCCGCAUGAUGUCCAGCACCCAAAAGAUGAUGCGGGGACCAAGGCAACAGGGCACGCAGAAGAAGCCAGCCCAUCUACGAGUGACGUACAAGAUGCUCAUCCAAAAGCAUCGGAAGACGAAGAGAGUCUAGCAGCUCAAGAGCCUGAGGCUGGAAGACUUGACAAGAUGGUCAGCUAUCUCACGCUGGGUUACGGAUCAUACUGGUCUUUUCCGGGAGCAGGAGGCAAUUCGUCAGAAGCGGCCAAUCAACAACAAGCCGCCGCUGAUGGCAAGUCAAAUGCCACAGAUGCAUCGGAAUUGUCCUCUUCUAUGGCUUCAGGCCACUACCUGAUUGGCCUUAGAGGAGACAUUGAAGACGAGGACACGGCUGAGAAUGAUGUGGACGGGACUCCAGGCUCAGACGAUCCUGACGGCGACGAAAACAACUCCCGUACCGUUCUUCGCACUCUCCAUGUCGAGCUGGAAAGCUCAUCCGCUACGGUGAAUCGCCUUGACAGCGCCAUGGUUAGAGAUUUCGAGCAUCCCGCCAACCCGUUGACUUCAUCACAAGAGUUUGGAAACUUGUUUCCCAAUUAUGCUUCUCACGACGCUAACAUGGCGGAAAAGCUCCGCGUUGUCGUCUACGUCAACAAGCCCUUCAUCUUUGCCUUUCUCUUCCGCCUCCGCACCGACUCCCUGGCCUGGGAUUCCCUUUACCGCUCCCUGCACUACCAGCUCUCUCCACUGAGGAAGCCACUCUUGGCAUCAACCAAAUACCGUCCCGAGCGCCCAGACGCCGGCCCUGUAUCAUCCCACAUCCAAGACCUCGUAUGGGAUCCGCCCUCGCUCACCGUGCACUGCUCCAUCCCCAACAUUCCCGACUUCUUCCCCGACCCGGCCGCUGCAGCUUCAUCGACUCCUUCACCAGCGUGGUCCCGAGCGGACGCCGUAAGUACACACCUCCAUCUGCUCAACGUCUACGCCGCGACGCGCUCCCGCAUCACCGACCUCGAGCGCACGCAGAAGACGAAUCGCGGAUGGUGGAUCGUCUGGACGAGGGUCCUCCAGCGCACCGCCGCCACCCCUUCCACAACCCACACUGCCACGGCGGCACUGCCGCUCUCCACCAUCCACGAGUCCCGCUCAUCUUCAUCCCUGAACUCGACUUCACAGACAAGCAACCAUGAAGAGAAAGAAGAAGAAGCUGGUCUCGAAAACAAAACCGCUGCAUCUCACCACUCGUCCUCUUCUUCUACUACACCCUCUGAUUCACCUCCCCCCAUCGUCGACAAGGAAAUAUUCCUCAUCCGCCGCGCAAGUGACCACAUUGGCUUUCGUAUUGCCUCCGACGAGGGAGCUUCCGGGGGUGGAGAGGGUAUGGGUCGGUUGGCGCAGGGGAUCGGCGUCGAUACGAGGCGAUAUAUCGAAGAGCUGUUGACCCUGUUGUGA